AUGGCGUCCGAAUUUGUCGACCCCCGCAUGACCUCCAUCAAGCCUCGCAUUCGCUACAACACCAUCGGAGGUAUCAACGGACCGCUGGUCGUUCUGGACAAUGUCAAAUUCCCUCGUUACAACGAGAUCGUCUCCCUGACUCUCCCCGAUGGAACUGAGCGGUCGGGUCAAGUCCUGGAAGCCAGAGGUAGCCGAGCUAUCGUUCAGGUGUUCGAAGGCACUCCCGGUAUCGAUGUCAAGAGGACUAAAGUCGAGUUCACCCGUCACAGCUUGAAGCUGGGUGUGUCCGAGGACAUGUUGGGUCGUGUUUUCGAUGGUUCGGGUCGCGCUAUUGAUAAGGGCCCCAAGGUGUUGGCGGAGGAUUACCUGGAUAUCAACGGUCAACCCAUCAACCCUUACUCGCGAGUGUACCCCGAAGAAAUGAUCUCGACCGGUAUCUCCGCCAUCGAUACCAUGAACUCGAUUGCUCGUGGUCAGAAGAUCCCUAUCUUCUCCGCCGCCGGUCUUCCCCACAACGAGGUGGCUGCUCAGAUUUGUCGUCAGGCCGGUCUGGUCAACAAGCCCACCAAGGACGUCCACGACGGACACGAGGACAACUUCUCGAUCGUUUUCGCGGCUAUGGGUGUCAACAUGGAAACUAGUCGAUUCUUCACUCGCGAUUUCGAGGAGAACGGCAGUAUGGAGCGUGUCACGCUGUUCCUGAACUUGGCCAACGACCCUACGAUCGAGCGUAUCAUUACCCCCCGUCUCGCUUUGACGACCGCCGAAUACUACGCCUACCAGUUGGAGAAGCACGUGCUGGUCAUCAUGACUGAUCUGUCGGCUUACUGUGACGCUCUUCGUGAGGUUUCAGCUGCUCGUGAAGAAGUGCCGGGUCGUCGUGGUUACCCCGGUUACAUGUAUACUGAUUUGGCGAACAUUUAUGAGCGAGCCGGACGAGUGGAGGGUCGCAACGGAUCUAUUACCCAAAUUCCUAUUUUGACCAUGCCUAACGACGAUAUCACCCACCCUAUUCCCGAUUUGACUGGUUACAUCACGGAGGGCCAAAUCUUCAUUGAUCGUCAGCUGUACAACAAGGGUGUCUACCCGCCAAUCAACGUCCUGCCCUCUUUGUCCCGUCUGAUGAAGUCUGCCAUCGGUGACGGCCGUACUCGUAAAGACCAUUCCGACGUGUCCAACCAGCUGUACGCCAAGUACGCCAUCGGACGAGAUGCUGCCGCCAUGAAGGCAGUCGUCGGUGAGGAUGCCUUGUCCUCGGAAGAUAAGCUCUCUCUCGAGUUCCUCGACAAGUUCGAGCGUUCUUUCAUCAACCAGUCCACGUACGAGUCGCGAUCCAUCUUCGAAUCCCUGGACAUCGCCUGGAACCUGCUCCGCAUCUACCCCAAGGACCUCCUCAACCGUAUCCCCAAGCGCGUCCUCGACGAAUUCUACGCCCGCUCCGCCCGCAAGGUCGCCAACAAGGACACGAGAGACAGCACCGGCGCUCCCGAACAGGUCCAGUCGCAGUCCCAGGGCGCCGACCUGAUUGAAACCUAA